AUGCAUCGACCGGAUCUGUUGGCAUUUCUACUGCCCCUGUUGGCUGCGCCGGCUUUUGCAGCAGAGACCCUCGACUGUGGAAAGAUUCGCGCUGAUGGACAUACAUUUGAUCUCUCUAAGCUUGGUGGACCGCAUUCAGUUGUGACGACGCGAUACAGGCCCAACCCACCCGAACACUAUAACACAACCUAUACAUUGGACAUUUGCAAGCCGUUGAAGAAGAGCGGAGGCAAGAAGUCGCCAGAAUGUCCGAAUGGCACUCGGGUUUGCGCCAUUACACACCUUCUCAAGACUGACGAAGACAAGAAAGAGACCGAUGAGGUUACGAACGUCGUUGCGAUCGCAGGAAACCUCGAGAACGCCGGUGGUUCUCGAUUCGAGUGGACUCCUACAAGACUUAGCACGGCCGAGUCGAACUCUGAUAAGAAGAAGGAGGGUUUGCGCCUUGUUCUCAUGGGAGGAAAGGAUCCUUUAUCCGGCCCUUCCAAGGAGAGGACAGACCAAAAAGCCAUUGUUGAAUUCCUCUGCGAUCCUGAGAAGGAGGGAACAGAAGGCGAGUGGGUAUCCGAGGAGAAGUACGAGAAGCGAGCGGACGAAAAGAAAAAUGACGAUGAGAAGGAAGACGACGACAAGGACGAGGGCGAGUCUACUCUUGAGCAUCAGCUCAAGCAUGAUAAUGCCUCGCUUGUCUGGGAUGGCUUUGAAAGCGAGAAGAGUGCCAGAAUUCUGCGCUUGACAUGGUACACCAAAUAUGCUUGCGAAAAGCGAGAGGAGAACGGCGGUGGUGGCAGCGACGAUGAUGGGGAGAGCACCAGUUCCCACUGGGGAUUCUUCACUUGGUUCACCGUCAUUGCUUUCCUGCUUAUUGCUGGUUACCUUAUUUUCUCGUCUUGGAUCAACUUCACUCGCUACGGCGCACGAGGAUGGGAUCUUCUUCCCCACAGCGACACUAUCCGCGACAUCCCUUACCUGCUUAAGGACUGGAUUCGCCGAGUCCUGAACACUGUUCAAGGCACAGGUAGCCGGGGUGGAUACAGUGCGGUUUAG